GCGAAGGAGGAUUGGAGUGGAUUUGAUGGAUUAUCUCCUCAGACACAUCAGCUAGCUGCCACAGGAGCACUUUAUCUGGAGCACAAUCUAUCUGCAGAAACAUUUCGGACGGCUUUGACUGAAAAUACUCCGCGUUUUUAGACAGAAACGAGUAAAAGCGCGAGUCCGACUCAACCACGGUUGGGAAGGAGACGCGGUUUCCUUGGCAACGAUCCACAGACCGGCUCCGUCAGGACUCACCUGUGCGGCAGGUCUUCCCUUCAGAAGCCCCUCCCCUUCCUGUCGUCAUGUCAGUUCCUGACCCCAGCGGCGACGGCGGGAAGUGGCUGGACGCCCACUACGACCCGGUGGCCGGCCUCUACACCUUCUCGUCGUGCGUGGACCUGGCCGACCUGAGCGGCGACGGAGAGAGUCGUCUGGUGGCGGGCGACCUGGGCUGCGGCGCCUCGGCCAUGAAGCUGAAGGUGUACCGCGGCACGGCGCUGAUGAGCGAGAGCGCCCUGCUGGACCUGCCCUCCGGCCUGGUGGCCUUCUUCAUGGACCUGCACCAGCCGCGCAUCCCCGCCGUCGCCGUGGCAUCCGGACCCUGCAUCUACGUCUACAAGAACCUGAGGCCGUACUUCAAGUUCACACUGCCGGGACUGGAGGUCAACGCCCUGGAGCAGGACGUGUGGCAGCAGGUGAGGGAGGGGCAGAUCGACCAGCUGACGCUGAAGGAGAUGUUGGAGGGCAUCAGGAGGAAGGCGGACGUCCCCCUGUCCGUCCGCUCACUCCACUUCCUGUCUCUGGAGACCAAUGAGAUGGACCAGUUCAUCCAACUGCACAAACAGCAGCCAAUCAGACGACAGACCGUCAUCACCGUCAUUGGGACUCUGAAGAAGAGCACAGCUGAUGAAGAUGGCGUCAGCUGUCUGGUCAUCGGCACCGAGAGCUGUGACGUUUACGUCCUGGACCCAGAAGCCUUCAUCAUCCUGUCCAAGAUGUCUCUACCCUCCGUCCCCACCCUCAUGGAUGUGACAGGACAGUUUGACGUGGAGUUCCGCAUCACCGUGGCGUGUCGGAAUGGAAACAUCUACAUCUUGCGAAGGGAGUCGGACAAACCCAAGUACUGCAUCGAGCUGUCGUCACAUCCUGUCGGUCUGGUGAGAGUGGCCAAGAACGUGGUGGUGGGAUGCACCGACGAGAGUCUGCAGGGCUUCACACAGAAGGGGAAGAAGCUGUGGCGAACGCUUGUCCCCGCCCCCAUCACCACCAUGGCGUCCAUGGACCUGCCCACGCGGGGCUUCCAGGCGGUCCUGGUGGGCCUGGCCAACUGCGAGGUCCACCUGUACCGCGACAAGAACCUGCUCAGCUCCAUCAAGACGCCCGACGCUGUCACCAGUGUCUGCUUCGGCCGCUACGGCCGCGAGGACGGCGCGCUCAUCAUGACCACCAGAGGAGGUGGGCUGAUGGUGAAGAUCCUGAAGAGGACGGCGACGUUUGACGAACGGGACAGCGCCCCCGGCCCGCCGCCGGCCCAGAGCGUCCGCCUCAACGUCCCCAAGAAGACCAAACUGUACGUGGACCAAACGCUGCGAGAGCGGGAGAACGGGACGGCCAUGCACCGCGCCUUCCAGAUGGACCUGAGCCGCAUGCGCCUGGCCGCCGCCAAAGCCUACGUGAAGGCGCUGGAGUCCAGCAUGGCGCCGGUGUCGUCCAGCGCCGCCGAGCCGCUCAAGGUGAACGCGGUGGUGCAGGGCCUGGGGCCAUCCUUCAAACUCACCCUGAACAUCCAGAACACGGCGGCGGCGCGGCCCGUCCUCAACCUGGCCGUCAGCUUCCUGUACGACGAGAAGCUGUACCGCGUGCGGACGCCGUACCUGCGCGUGCCGCUGCUGGUGCCCGGCCUCGUCUACCCCCUCCAGACCUUUGUCGAGUGCACCAGCGACAAGGGCGUCUCCGACAUCAUCAAGGUGUUCGUCCUGCGCGAGGGGCGGAGCGCGCCGCUGCUGACGGCGCACAUCAACAUGCCCGUCAGCGAAGGUCUGCCGCUCGCCUGAGGUCACCUGACUCUUCAGUAGCUCCGCCCCUCACACAGGACCAGUGCUUUCAUUUAGUCACAUGAUGUACACGAG